GUUGUUUGUGUUGUGUCACUCUUGGCUCUGACUCGAUUCUCUGUCUCCCCAGGCCAGAGAGGAAGGGCAACCCAACUGUCCAAAGUUCCUCACUUUCGCUCUUCACAGGCUUUCGAUAUUCUCUUGCCUCGAAACAUUACCAAGGGUGGGUGCUUCCGCUCGCUUCGUUCUUCCCAGCCGUGCUCAUUGUAUUCUCCCCCAAGAAUGUCGGAUGUUUGGUCACUGGGGUUUAAAGGGGACUUUUUGUGCUGCAACGAACUAAGGGGACAGUACUUCUCUCUUCGUCAAUCAACGAUGGGUUUACUCCCUUAAAGAUUAUCUAUUUUUCCAGUUAUGGCGUCUGCAAGGCAGCAGCAGAGGGUUCCAAUUGCUCAUGGAGCGGAUGGAACAGCUCAGAAGCGUUUGACUUCAAAUCAUGGUGCUAAGAUGGCUGAAUCGGAAGUAGUUGAUGAAGAGCAGUUGCACAGAUCCAUGGCGAAUCCUCUGGGUGUAGAGUUUUCAGAGAAUAAGCCGUUGCCUGAUUCGUAUGGAAAGCGAUCCUCCAAUCCUUCUGCCAGUAAACCUGACUUGAGCUCACUAUCGACUGUGCUUGAGCAAGUAGAUCCAUUCACCAAUGAUAAUAGAGCUUUGCGUGAUGUCUCUAGGGAUCAGGAAAGGAAAACUUCAGGCUACGGGAAUGUGAAAACAAGUUGUGCUUCAGCCAAAUUUAGUGAUGGUACAAGCAGUCUUGGAAAGACGAGUGGGAGUGCCAAGAUAAGCGACCGUCUCGAUUAUGUUGAGAGUGGCAAGAGCAGUAUUUGUAGAGGAAGCACAAGCAGUGAUGUGAGCGAUGAGAGUAGUUGUAGCAGCUUCAGUAGCAGUAUCAAUAAGCCCCACAAGGCCAACGACUUGAGAUGGGAAGCAAUCCAGGCUGUGAGGGCUCGGGAUGGGGUCUUGGGUCUAAGCCAUUUCAGGCUCCUUAAGAGGCUGGGUUGUGGGGAUAUCGGGAGCGUUUAUCUCUCAGAGCUGAGCGGGACAAAGUGUUACUUCGCCAUCAAGGUCAUGGAUAAGGUGUCGCUUGCUAGUCGCAAGAAGCUCCUUCGGGCUCAGACGGAAAGAGAGAUUCUGCAGUCUUUGGAUCACCCAUUUCUCCCUACUCUCUACACACACUUUGAGACUGAGAAAUUCUCGUGUCUGGUGAUGGAGUUUUGUCCUGGGGGAGACUUGCAUACUCUCAGGCAACGGCAGCCGGGGAAGCAUUUUCCCGAGCAGGCAGUGAAGUUCUACGUGGCAGAGGUUUUGUUAGCUCUAGAAUAUCUUCACAUGCUGGGAAUUAUUUAUCGUGAUCUUAAGCCUGAGAAUGUUCUCGUGAGGGAUGAUGGGCAUAUAAUGCUCUCCGACUUUGACCUAUCGCUUCGCUGUGCCGUGAGCCCAACUCUCAUGAAAAAAGAUGCUCUCGAGUCUGACCCGGUAAGUAAGAACACAGUAUCAUGCACUCAGCCGGCUUGCAUCGAGCCCUCGUGUAUCCAACCCAUGACUUGCUUUGGGCCACGUUUCUUCUCAAGCAAAUCGAAAAGAGACCGGAAGCCAAAGAAUGAGACAGGGCAGGGAGUGAGAUCUAUGCCAGAGCUGAUUGCAGAGCCACAUGACGCACGGUCAAUGUCGUUUGUGGGGACACAUGAAUACUUAGCUCCAGAGAUCGUCAAAGGGGAAGGGCAUGGGAGUGCGGUGGAUUGGUGGACGUUUGGGAUCUUUCUAUAUGAGCUUCUCUUUGGCAGAACUCCUUUCAAGGGAUCAGGGAACCGCCAAACGCUGUUCAACGUUGUGGGUCAGUCUCUCAGGUUCCCAGAAACACCGGUUGUGAGUUUUGCAGCCAGAGACCUGAUCCGGUGCUUGCUUGUUAAGGAACCACAGCACCGGCUGGCCUCCAAGCGUGGAGCCACUGAGAUUAAGCAGCAUCCAUUUUUCGAGGGCGUGAACUGGGCGCUGAUUCGCUGUGCAACUCCACCAGAGAUCCCAAAGCCCCUUGAUCUGGUGGGUGUUUCUCCAACGUCAUCACCUGCUACCGGAUUGGUUCUCAAUGCUCGAAAGGGUUCCGAAAACUAUUUGGAAUUCGACUUUUUCUAGCUGUUAGAUUCGAUAUUCUCUAAUUCAUCCUUUGGGUUUACAUGAGGGCUAGCAGUCUCUGGUUUUCUUAUCAACUCUAAUUUCAUCCCAACACUUUCUGGUUCCUCGGAUUUGUGUUUUAAUGAUUGUGGUUGGCAACCUCGAAAUUACAGUUA